AGGCCGAGUGGGAGGCGCGCUGCAAGGUGCGCGCCGAUGAGCUGGUGGCGCUGUCGGAGACCAUUGAGGCUUUGAACGCCGACGACGCGCUGGAGCUGUUCAAGAAGACGCUGCCCUCCGCCUCGUCCAGCUUCGUGCAGGUCCAGCAGCGGGUCGCCACGCUGCGUGCCCGUGCGCUUCAGCUGCUGCGCUCUGCGCCCAGCCGCGGCCCGGAGAUCGACCUCGUGCUGCUGGCCAUGCAGGGCAAGACGGCCGGCUUCGAGAAGGUCAUCACACUCAUCGAUGAGAUGAUGGUGAAUCUCAAGAAGGAGCAGGCUGACGACGACAACAAGAAGCUGUAUUGCGAGACGGAGCUGGACAAGUCCGAGGACCAGAAGAAGGAGCUCGAGCGGGGCAUCGAGGUGUCCAGCACGGCCAUCGAGGACCUCAAGGCGGCGAUCGCCACCUGGACCCAGGAGAUCGCCGACCUGAAGGCCGCCAUCGGCGCGCUGGACAAGUCGGUCGCGGAGGCCACCAAGCUUCGUCAGGAGGAGAACGCCGAAUUCAAGGAGCUCAUGCAGAACAACAAGGCCUCCAAGGAGAUCCUGCUGUGGGCCAAGAACAGGUUGAACAAGUUCUAUCCAGUCAGCGCCCCUCUCAAGCUUCUCGCCGGGGACGCGGCCGCGGAUAACCCCAAGCUGUACAAGGCGGAGAGCGCCGCCGCGUUUGUGCAGAUCCGUGCGCACAGGAGCGUGGACGGUGUCGCGCCGCCCCCGCCGCCCGCGACGUUUGACGCCUACUCGAAGAAGGGUCAGGAGACCGGGGUCGUGGUGAGCAUGCUCGACAAGAUCAUCAACGAUAUCGACAUGACUACGACCGAGGCGGAGACCGAGGAGAAGGACGCCCAGGCGGACUACGAAGUCUUGAUGGCAGAUGCGGGCGCCAAGCGCGCGGCAGACUCCAAGGCGCUCACUGAGAAGACGAUGGCCAAGGCCCACGGCGAGGAGUCCCUGCAGAACGAGGAAGCGAACAAGAAGGAUUUGUCCGUUCAGCUGAUGGAGACGACGCAGGUCAUCGGCAACCUGCACGCCGAGUGCGAUUGGCUGAUCAAGUACUUCGACGUGCGCAAGGCGGCGCGAACCGAGGAGAUUGAGUCCCUGGACAAAGCGAAGGCCGUGCUGAGCGGUGCGGACUACUCCCUCCUUCAGACGAAGCGCGUGGCGCUCCGCGGCGCAUGCGUUGAAACGCAUGUCAAGGACGGCGACCGCCUGGAGCAGGUGGACGCCCUGACAACCCAUGCAGGACCGAAGGGCGAGACCAAGGAGCCGGAGCCCGAACGCAGAGCGGAGGACUGCCGAGUUGGAGCCGCCGCCGUUAUGGACAAGUACGGCGCCGUGGCCAUGCGGUUGGCCAUCCGCCACGCUGGCAGGCGCUGCCUGUCGGCCGCUUCAGGCAGCGGCGCCGCGGGCCAGAGCGCGCCUGGCGCGCUGGCGCCCGCCUGGCAGCCCCUCGCGCCCGCCGCCGCCGCCCGGGCGCUGGCCGGCGCCUUCGAGGCACAAGCCGCUGGCCGUGUAGAGGAGCAGCGGGGGGAUGCAGUGGGAACCUACCGGGACAUCUGGCGGCGAGCGCGAUCGCCGCUCUUGCGGGCGUUGGCCUGCAAUGCCGAGGGCUUGCUGCUGCUCCACACCCCCGCAUCGAUAGCCCCAGGGACGGCCGAGCGGCGCUUCCAGCCAGGGGACGCUGUGCUGGCGCCCUGGGCGGAGGACGGCGGGGAGUACGCCGGAACCCUCCGGUCGGUUGACGUCGCAGCUGGCGAGUGCACGGUGGACUGGGCCGACGGCGGGACCACCCACCGGGUGGUGCCCCUCGCGUCGCUGACCACGCUGGAGGGCGAGGUGUGCGCAAGUGCCUCUUCAGGCCAAGCGGUGGAGGUGCGGCAGUGGGCAGUGCGGCGCGCCAUCCGGAGGGCGCUGCACGCCUGGGAGAUGCAGGCAGAGCUCGGGGUGGCCCACGACGCCUUCGUGGACCUCGCGGGUCUGCUCUGCGACGCGGCACGCGCCGAGGCGCGGGCCGCGCUCGCCUCCGUUGGUCCAUCGGGCCGCGGCCUCCCGGAGGCGCUCGCGGCAGCGCGGCGGCACCUGCAGCGGGCGCGCUGGUCGUCCGAGCGCGCGUACGCGCCCGACCCAAGGGCCAUGGCAGCGACGUGUGUGCACAGGGCAGAGCUCUGCCGGCUGGCCGCUGGCCUCACUCCGGAGGCAGCCCGGGCGGCCAGCAGCAGCGGCGCCACGGCGCCCCUGGAGCUCGUCGCAGAGGCGCUGCAGCUGCACCAGCGUGCCGCGGCACACUUGGCGGCCGCAGCGGGGGGCUGGCGGCGCAGCCCUUCUGGCGCCAACGAGGACAGCAGCAACCGCUGGCUGCCGCCUGGGGGAUCCCUGCCGCCAGAGGCGGUACAGCAGCUGCUGUGGGCGAAGGCGCUGGCGACGCAUGUGGCCCUCGCGCCCGCCCCGUCGGGGAAGGCCGCAGGCCCCGUGAGGCGGGGGGCCGUGUCGAUGCCACACCACAUGCCGCGGCGUGCCCGCGCAUCCGCCACAGGUGGCCUUGCGUCAGAGGCGCCGACCUUCUCCCUGCCAGAGAAGCUGCUGCCCUCCGGUGCGGGCCCGCCCAGCGUCAAGCAUAGCGCCCCCCUGGUGCCCACGGGCCAGGCCCGCACGGCCUCUGCCGCGGUGGCCCGGGCGUGGGCGGCUCUGUGCCUCGCCGCAGGCGAGCCUGCGGUCGAGUUGUCCACGGCGCCGCUGGCGCCGGGGGCGGCCCUCGCGAGGGAGGCGGCGCGCCUGGCCCGGGCGGUGGGCCCAGGCGUCGUGCCUGCGCAGCUGCUGCUCGAGGUCGCCGUGCUGCUCUUCGCCAUGGCCUGCCGCGCGGGCGGCCAGCUGGCGCGCUGGCGCGCGGUCGCGGGCCCUCUCGCGGAGGAGGCCAGCCGCCGGCUCUCCGCAGAGUGCCCCGUGGACGACUCCGCCGCCGCCGCGCGCUGUGCCGCUGCGCUGAUUUCUGGGCAGCCCCCCCUGGCAGGGCUGCCGCCCUCCCGGGCCGCGCUGCUGGACGACCCCGGUCGCAGCGGCCUGGCGCCCGCUGUCGCUGGCAGCAGGCUGCGGUGGCGCCUGGUGGGCUACAGGACGGCAGAGGAGCUCUGGGCGCUGCGGGUCGGCUCGUCCGUGGUGUGCCUGCCUGCACCGCCGGCGUUCACCUGGGGCCUGGAGGGCGUGGCGCUGUCCGAGGCGGCUCCAGACCUGGAGCGCGAGGCCGAGUGGCACCGCCUCGCCCGUGCCCACUGCGGCAUCCGGCCCGGGGCUGAUUUUCAGGCGCCCUGCGGGGGCACCCAGUUUUCUGACCUUGCUGUCUGCCUGGCGCGGCGCCGCGCAGGCGGGGCGUGCGGGAAGGGCAGCAUGCGCAGGCUCAGGUCCGUGGUCUUGCUGCAAGGUACGGCGGCAACGGCACUCCCACAGCUCGCGACCAAUGAGACGCAGCAUCAUAUCGCCAUGGUCGCGUGCCACGCCUGCAGCAACAGCAUCCCGGUGCAGGUGCCGCUUGGGCACGUGGACUUCACCUUCCCGUGCCCGCGAUGUGGGGCGGAGAACAUGGUCCAGGACGCUCCGAAGAGAGUCCAGGUUUCAAGACCCGACGGACAUUUCGUUGGCGACACGAUCCGUUUCUUGACCCCUGAGGGCAUCAAAAUGGAGGCCUGUAUUCCUCCUGGACUGCCAGCGGGAGGCACGUUUACCGUGCACUACAGACUGAAGCAGGCGGCGAAGGACUCACCGGAGGCACUGCUCCAUCUGUCAGAGCACCAGGUGGACAGUAGAGAUCUGGAGGUAGCCCCAGAAGAUUGUCGGGAAUGUUCCAUUUGUUUGGAGGAGUACUCUGUCGGCGACAUGCAGGCUUUCCUGCCGUGCUUCCACCGCUUCCACGUGGACUGCGCGAGGGGAAGUUUGAAGGAGAGCCGGCGGUGUCCCAUGUGCAACCAGGAUUUCCAUGCUGCGGCAGCAGACGCGAGGAGGUUGGUCAAGGACUCUGGCACCCCCGAGGCAUAUGCCAAGGACGCCCCACGGCCCACGUGCGCCUGCGCCGUCAGCUAG